AUGCCCCGUAGGAAGCCAAUCACUACACGAAAGGGGAGGGAUCGCUCCGCCGAAGGCUCGGUGAUGCAGUCUUGGCGUGGCUUGCCCGGCAUGGGAAUGAGCACCUGUUUGAUUCGACUCGAGGAAAAAGCGCAAAACAAAUCCUUUAUAACCAGAGGAAGCGAGGGUUGCGCAAUGGAGCAAGAAAAGUCGUCCAGCUUUACCUUGGCGCCGGGCGCGAAUAAACAGUCUGCCAGCGGUGUCACAACUCCAGAUCUCAUGGCCGAAGAGAAGGAACCGCAGCCGGGCUAUGAGCAAAGUGUUGAAGAACAAGAGGUAGCCACUUCCGGUGACGGGCCAGUAGAAGAGUAUCCAACGGGCAAACUCCUGGUGCCCAUCCUUCUCGCAUUGGUCUGCUCCGUCUUCCUGGUAGCCCUCGACAUGACCAUUAUUGGUACCGCGAUUCCAAAAAUCACUGAUGAGUUCGACGGCCUGAACAUGGUGUCCUGGUACGGUUCCGUAUACUUCAUGACCUACGGCGGCUUCCAACCUGCAUCUGGAAAAUUCUUCAAAUACUUCCCGUUGAAAGCUUCCUUCCUAGGCGCAAUCUCCAUCUUCAUGGUUGGUAGUCUUAUCUGCGCAGUUUCUCAAAACUCAACGACCUUUGUCGUUGGCCGCGCUUUCGCUGGUGUUGGUGCCGCUGGAGUUGCGACCGGAGCCUUCACCAUUGUAGCGUUCGCUGCGGAACCAAAGUUGCGACCUGGACUGAUUGGGCUCGUUGGUGCUGUUUACGGAUUAUCUAGUGUACUUGGGCCGAUCCUAGGUGGUGUGUUCGCGGAUAGGGUUACCUGGCGCUGGUGCUUCUACUUCAACCUCCCAGUCGGCGGCCUCUCCGCAAUCCUAAUCCUCUUCUUCUUCAAAACCCCACCCCAAGCGAUGACGACGAAAGCGACCUGGAAGGAGAAGUUCCUCCAGAUGGAUCCCCUCGGCGUCGCCCUUGUUAUGGCCGGCAUCAUCUCAUUCAUUCUCGCUGUUGAGUAUGGGGGCCAGAAAAAGCCCUGGGACAGUAGCACUGUCAUCGGUCUCUUCGUCGGCUUCUUCUUGAUCUGGAUCGCUUUUAUCGUCUGGGAGUACUUCAACAAUGACCGCGCCAUGUUGCAGCGCCGUCUCCUCAGCCAACGCUUCGUCUGGCUGCCAUCCGCUUUCCAGUUCUUCUUCGCUGCAUCCUAUUUCGUCCUCCUAUACUACCUCCCGAUUUACUUCCAGAGCGUCGAUAACCGGACCGCAAUCUCGUCCGGUGUCCUCAAUCUACCCUUGGUUCUGGCGAUGGCCGUAGGAAGCACAAUCAGUGGCACCGUCGUCUCGAAGACUGGUCACGCUGCGCCGUUCAUGGCAGCAGGCGCCGUUAUGGCGACUAUCAGUGCCGGCUUGAUGUAUACUUUCGACAUUGGUACACCCAUGGGGAAGUGGAUUGGCUACCAACUUUUCUAUGGCGCUGCCUGUGGGCUCGGAUUCCAGAUGGGCAUUACCAUCGCGCAGGCAAAUGCAAAGAUGGAGGACGUGUCGUCGGUGACUGCAACCGUAUUCUUCUUCCAAACCAUCGGAGGCUCGUUUUCUGUCUCCGCUGCACAAUCUGGUUUUGUGAACCGCAUGGUGAGUGAGCUCGUCAAGACGGCUCCAGAUGUCAACCCGCAGAUGGUUAUUGGGACUGGUGCGACGCAAAUCCGACAUGCUUUCCCUGCCGAUCAAGUUCCCGCUAUCGUGCUAGCGUAUAUGGCUGGUAUCAAAGUUACGUUUGCCCUCGUCGUCGCCCUUGUUGGAUUUACUUGUCUGCUUGCAGUGUUCAUACCCCGGGAGCGACUUCAUGCAGAUGGAGUGAAAGAUGAUGUUGCUUGA